AUGGAGACUGCAGAAACACCUUCGCCCGGCUUUCCGUCCGACCCCGUGCAUAAACCGACCGACUCGAUGGUGACCGUCUCGUUGUCCGAUACCAUGUCGAAUCCCGAGCCUGUAGAGGCCAAUUGGGCAUAUCUGAAUAGUCCACGCACGCCGGUCGAAGCAGCGAGUCCGGUGGAGAUUACAGAGAGAUCGGAAGAACAAUACCAUUCCACACCGAGGAGCAGUCAGAUGAUGCAGACAGUAAGAGCAGAGGGCUCUUACGUCAACUCGCGGGACAGCAACGCAGGCUCCGGGGGGGAAGAUGGUUUGUCGGAUCAGGAGAAUGACUGGGAAUCGCUUGACAGAACAGAGGAGCAGGAGCCGCGCAAUGGAGGGUCGGAUGAGUCAACUGCUCUACUUCUAGCACGUCUUGAGCAGGAAAACGAUGCUCUGGCCACGAACCCAAAAUCGGGGCUGUCGAGAAGCCCCAGUGCUCACCGAGAGUCCCGUGCCAAAUCCCUCCACCACAUCCAACGCUUGAUCAACGAACCCACUCGUUCUUCUCUACGCUACUCCCAGCUUCCAACACCCGCGAUGACCGAGCUCGAGUUCUGGGCGGCCCUCGUGUCGGACUAUCCGCAGACCGCGCAGCGAUUGCCUACGCUGACAACGAACAAGAUCCGAGCCGGAGUUCCCCCUCCACUGCGAGGAGUGGUGUGGCCAAGCUUGGCUGGUGCACGCGACAUGCACCUCCUAGCUGAGUUCCAGAGACUCUGCAAUGAGACGAGCCCCUACGAAGGUCUCAUCGGCAAAGAUAUCGGCCGCAGCUUCCCCAACGUCGAGAUGUUCAGAGACCCCAAUGGCGAAGGCCAACAAAUGCUGGCUCGAGUGCUGAGAAGCUUUAGCUUACACGACACCAAGAUCGGAUAUUGCCAAGGCUUGGGCUUUGUUGUGGGACCUCUGCUCAUGCAUAUGACCGACGCCGAGGCAUUCUGCGUUCUAGUCCGCCUCAUGGAGCAGUACGCACUUCGGGAUUGCUAUCUUCCUGAUCUUUCCGGCCUUCACCUCCGUAUAUACCAGUUCCAGAACCUCCUCGCCCGCCACCGCCCGGCUUUGUUCGCUCACCUAGAGUCUUUGCAUGUCGAGCCGAUCUACGUCUCGCAAUGGUUCCUCUCCUUCUUCGCCGUCACCUGUCCGUUGCCUAUGCUCCUUCGAAUCUACGAUGUCAUUUUCCUCGAAGGGGCUUGUGAAACACUGAUGCGAGUGGCACUUUCGUUGAUGCAGCGCAACGAGAAGAAGAUUCUCGCUUGUACCGAGUUCGAAGACGCAAUGCAACUUCUACUGUCUAGGAGUUUAUGGGAUACAUAUACUUGCCAUGCAGACGAUCUUGUAGAGGACUUUGUGUCGUUAACUUCGCUUGUCACCAAAGAAAGCCUUCAGGCCCUCGAAAUGAGCUAUAACCAGUCGCAAGGAGUCACUGCGGGGAUUUCUUUCCCUCAGAUGCAAGCCGCUGCUUCACGAUUCCUCGGCCGACUAUGGGCGGGUUCCUCCCACAACUCCGUCCGAUCGAGUGCUCUCAACCCAGGUCAAAGCAAUGCGUCGCGGCCAGUCAGCACCAUCCGACGCUCAACAUCCAAGCAAAGCAUGACUUCAACUCUAAAUUCAGUUGAAUCCGCCUCUGACGCCAGCACCGCACCGACGGAGCUGUCCGUCUCCAACGACAUGCAGAAGCCGCGUGCAAAAUCCGCCAUGUCCCAUAACAAGGAUCGUGAUCUACAUACUCAGAUCGAAGAUCUCCUUAUGGCACUAAGUGACUUGCAGCGUCAGCAUGCCGAUAUCACACGUGAGUUACAACAGGAGCGGGAAGAACGCGAAGAGGAUCAAAAUGCGGCAAAGGCAAUGCUGGAGUACAUCAAGGGGCUGGAAGAUCCCCCUACCGAUCUCCUCGCGAAGGCAGAGGACCGGUUUGGCACUCUACGAUCAAAACGGACCUCGAUCAUUCAGACGAAGCAUCAGCUCCGCGACGACGUGAACAAGUUGAAGGAGAUGCGGGAUGUGGAGGCCGCGCGGUGUCUCGGUCUCACCCGACAGCUUGACGAGCGAGAACAAGACAACGCCCGACUACGAGACCAGCUUCGCGAGGCCAGAACUCGGAUCCAGGAUGGGUACCGCGACCGCCAGCGUCUGGAGCGGACCAUCCUCGAUCUCCGGGCCAUCAAGACACCGUCCGACUCCCCGCCGGAUAUCACAUACUCGCCCUCGAGUGAGGACAGCUAUACCUCGUCCGGCCUGCGCGAACUCAAGCUUGUCCGCACCAACUCGCAGAAUAGCAUCAGUAGCGGGCACAACACAGCCCGGGGAUCCUUCAACAAGCGGACGAGCAGUCUCGGCCUCCAGUCGGUCCUCGCAACGGAGAACAACAAACCUGCUGCGGAGGAAUCCUUGCUCCUCGAACUCGUCCACUCGAAGACGGCCGAAGCCGUUGCCAAGCAAGAACUGGAAGAAGUCAAGGCCAAGCUGGAUGCUCUGCGCAAACUCGUCUCGGGCUCUGGCAAGGGAUCGCCACUCCUCCAAGGCCGCAAUUCCCUCAAUCUCUCGGCUUCGAUACCCAACGGCUUAUCCAAAGCCAGUACGGAGCCUGCCGGGUCCAGCAGUGGCGGCGGGGGCUUCUUCAGCGGAUGGGGACGACGUGCCGCAUCAACGAGCGGAGACAGCUAUUCCGACACGAAGUAG